UCCCCUCUGCUGCCCGCGGUCGCGCCCCGCGGGAGGCUGUCCCGGUCGGCAGCGGGACCCGGCGGGCCGUGCGGCAGGCGCCGUUCUCCUCCCCGGUCCCCCCUCCUCUGCUCCGCUGCUCCCCGCCCUCCGCUGCCUCUCCUGCCCCCUCCCUCCUUCUCUCCAGCUCGCUCUCAAAAUGGCGGCCGCGCCCGUUGAUGGAUUGAAUCUUCUGUGCUGAAUGCCUCCAUAUUUCCUAUUGGAUUUCACAUCUGGAAAAAUCCUUGUGAUCUGAGCCACUCUGGCAGACUGAAUUUGUGCAUCCAGGGUUCUGAAGACUUCAGAUCUUGAGGAGGCAGCUGCUGCUGAAUCACGUUAACCUGACAUCGCAGCCACAAUGGUGCUGUCACAAAGGCAACGAGAUGAACUAAAUCGAGCAAUAGCAGAUUACCUUCGUUCUAACGGCUAUGAAGAGGCAUAUUCGGUUUUUAAAAAGGAAGCUGAGUUAGAUGUGAAUGAAGAGUUAGAUAAGAAGUAUGCUGGACUUCUGGAAAAAAAAUGGACAUCUGUUAUAAGAUUACAGAAGAAGGUAAUGGAAUUAGAAUCGAAGCUGAAUGAAGCUAAGGAAGAAUUUACAUCAGGUGGACCUCUUGGUCAGAAGCGAGACCCUAAAGAGUGGAUUCCUCGUCCUCCAGAGAAGUAUGCACUGAGUGGGCACAGGAGUCCUGUCACUCGAGUCAUUUUCCAUCCAGUGUUCAGUGUUAUGGUCUCUGCUUCAGAGGAUGCCACAAUAAAGGUGUGGGAUUAUGAGACAGGAGACUUUGAGCGAACCCUUAAGGGGCAUACAGACUCUGUGCAAGAUAUUUCCUUUGACCACACUGGCAAACUAUUGGCCUCUUGUUCUGCUGAUAUGACCAUUAAGCUAUGGGAUUUCCAGGGCUUUGAGUGCAUCAGAACUAUGCAUGGUCAUGAUCAUAAUGUUUCUUCAGUAGCCAUCAUGCCUAAUGGAGAUCAUAUAGUUUCUGCCUCAAGGGACAAAACUAUCAAAAUGUGGGAAGUCCAAACAGGUUACUGUGUGAAGACUUUCACGGGUCACAGAGAAUGGGUGCGCAUGGUGCGGCCUAACCAGGAUGGCACCCUCAUUGCCAGCUGUUCUAACGACCAGACGGUGCGUGUCUGGGUGGUAGCUACAAAGGAGUGCAAAGCUGAGCUCCGGGAACACGAGCACGUGGUAGAAUGCAUCUCUUGGGCUCCUGAGACCUCCUACUCCACCAUAUCAGAAGCUACAGGAUCAGAGACUAAGAAGAGUGGCAAGCCUGGGCCUUUCCUGCUGUCUGGAUCCAGAGACAAGACCAUUAAGAUGUGGGACAUUAGCACUGGCAUGUGCCUUAUGACACUUGUGGGCCAUGAUAACUGGGUACGUGGCGUUCUGUUCCAUUCUGGGGGGAAGUUUAUCUUGAGCUGUGCUGACGACAAGACUCUACGCGUCUGGGACUUCAAGAACAAGCGAUGCAUGAAAACCCUCAAUGCGCACGAACACUUUGUUACCUCUUUGGAUUUCCACAAGACGGCACCGUACGUGGUCACUGGAAGUGUAGAUCAAACAGUAAAAGUGUGGGAGUGCCGUUGAUUUGAGUCACAUUUGCCCCCCUUUUUUUCCUUCUGGAUGCACUCAGAUACCAUGGUUACCCAUUGAGCUCUGUUUAAAUAAAUAUUGUCCUUUCAUGUAAAUUAUUCUGGAUGUAGAUUGAGCUUAUUAAAUGUUACACACAAAGUAUUCAUGCAUGGUGAAUCCAAAUUGUAUACUGUAAAUUUACAUACGUUGUCUAGAAGUACCAUAGGUUUAAGAACAUGGGCUGGCAUUGGUCACAUCAGACCUGAGAAGGCAGAAGUUGGCUAAUUGGAAUAGGGGCACUUAACUGAUUAGUUGACAGUGUCGUUCUAUGUCGGAUAAUGAUUCCUGUUUUUUAUUUUCCUUCCUGCUGUCUGUUGGUGCCUGAAUUGGUGACCUCAUUUGGGAAAACGAAACAAAACCAACCCAAGUUUUGUAGGGCUCUUUCAGAAACGUGUAUCUAUGUAACAUCACUUAAGUGUGCUUAAAUAAAUCUUCUCUAAGAAAUACUAAGCUAAUAAGGCUGCGAUUCAGAAUCUUCUGAACCUUGAUGUGUAAUUAAUGGAAAUUAAUUAAACUCUGGAAUAUUUGUCAUGAAGCAUACUAUUUUUUUUUUUUUUUUUUUUUUUUGCCAACUCAACAGAAUCCACUUGGUUUUGGCCUCCUGUCACACAAGGGUUUGGUAUAUUUAUAUUAACUAACUGUAAACCUGAAAUAAGACAACAAAUCUUAGUAAGCAGCUGAUGUGAUAAAUGUAUUUAUUUUUUAUUUGGUCAUUCAAUGGUUAAGCUGUGCUGUUAAACUAAGUUUAAAUGGGGUUUUUGUUUGUUUGCUUUUUUUUUUUCUUUUGUUCUUCCUUUAUUUUAAUGCUAGACAAACUUCCAGGAGGAGUUGUCCAUCCCACUAGAAUUUAGGGAUCUAAUUUCCGGUAGAGCUGAAUCUCCCAGAUGACUGCCAUGGUACAACUUGCUGUUUGCUCUCUUUGUUUGUUAGCAAUGUGCAAUUCCUAUGACACCAGAGUGUGGAAAGUCCACUUCCCUCUGACUUGCUUGCACGGGAGGCUGGGCUAGGCAAAGGUUUUGUGCUUUCUUUUAGUGCCUCCUUGGAAACCCUUCUGAAAGUGAGGUGAUGCUUGGACAACGUGGAGUAAAAUACAUCCUGUGGUUUGAUAGUGAGGAGUAGGUUGGGAUACAGCACUGAAAUGCUUUAAAACCUCUUGAGAAUCAGAUUGGGACAGACUGACACAGGCUUCCAAAAGGAGAAAUGCCACCCACCACCAAAGCAAAGUCCAUCUGUGGGAAUGAACAUUGGAACCCAAAGCCAUCAGCCCAGCUUGGUUAUUGGGGUUUAACUUGAGUGGUGAAUACAGAUUCCUAAAGUUACAUCCUUUGAUCUCAAGCUAAGGAAAAGAUGAUAAACUAAUACUGUAAUCAGCAUUCUUUUGGGUGGCAGAUUCCACUGUAGCUAACAAAGCUGACAGAUACUUACCAAACUAACCAGGUCCUUUUAAAAAGUCCCCUCUGAGCUGUACCAGGUGCUGCAGUUACCAGGCUGAUGUUUUAACAGGUGACCUUGUGCUUUGUUUUACCCACUUGGUUUAAUUCCUACAUGGCUUUUAAAACUGUCCCUUUUGAGAAGUGAGAGUCCUUGGGCAGCACGGGGUGGGCUGCCCGCUGUGCACACUGAGCUGCUGUGAGGACUGGGGAGCAGUGAGCCCCCGCAGCCCCCCCAGAGAGGGAUCGUGGCAGGGGGCGAGGAGAGGGAGUUGUGAGCAGAGUGUUGUGGAGUCGGUUUCAGAUUCAGGCUAUCUCUUCAGUGGUUUUUGUACUUCUCAGUGUGUGUUUCUGCAGUUGAGCAUGCACAAAUAAAGUCUCUUUUGUUUGUUAGCUGCUUGGACUGGAAGAAUUUUGCUGCUUUUUGAGGAGGUUGGUCUAGUUGAGAAUUGCAGCUAGAGGAGUAGUGCAGCUUCCAAGUCCUCAGUGCAGCUGUAAAGCAGCCCAGCUGCUUCCUUCCUGCUAGGACCUAGCCACUUUUAUUAUUUAAGUCUAAAGUAACCCACACUCAUGUACAUAAUUCCUAGACGUGGCUGAGACAUUAAAGGUACCUAUGAAGUGCAAGUUGUCUCCUGCAUUUUUUUCCCCUUUGGAGGCCGAGGCCCCUGUGCAGUGCUGGUGCGGCAGGCUCUGGGCAGCGCUGCAGCUCCCUUAGCAGCCUUCUGUAGCCGGCAGUGAAUGAUCUCAGGGAUGGUCCCGCACAGAUCACAAGCUGAAGCCCUGGUGAGACCAAACGCGAAAGCCCACGCAGGAGCUGGCUGCUCAGGGUGGUGCCACACUGUGCUGAGCUGCCCCCACUGUGCCCAGCCUUUUGUUAGCUCAUCCUGUGCCUUUCCUGUCAGAUGAGUACAAUGAUGAGGUUACCGCUUUGGGUUACAGAAUAACCUACUUGAGAGGUUCACUGCUGCUCUGUCACUUGCCCUUUCUGAAAUUGGCAUCACUUAAACCCUCUCUUUCUCUCUCUCUCUCAACUGUGUUACCAAAACAGAGACUUGUUGGCUUGGACCCGACAGACAUUCCAGUGCCACAGGGACGCAGUGUGCCCGGCAGUCUUAGAUGCAUUCAAAACAAAAAAGUGCAACCUUUGUUGUGGAUUUAGACAGAAUCUGGAAGUUGCUGUUUUUUAGAGCAUCUUGCACUUUAGAAGAUGAAAACGAACCCGUCCUGCUUUUGUGUGUGGUGUGACCAAUGAUGUGCCCGGGGCACUAAUUCAAAAGAACCCCCUCCCCCCACCCCUAGUUGCUAGUGAGUUGUGCAGGGGCCGUGGAGCACUGUAGUGUGUGAGAGCUUUGGCUGUAGACUCACCAGCCCCAGCCCAGCUGUACUGUCAGUUCCUGCUUCUCCUCUCCUGUUUUUAUGUGAACUGCCUGAGAAAAAACCCCACUCUUAAAUAGCUUUUUUUACUUGCCUGAAAGCUAUUUAAAAGCAAAAGAUGAGACUUUGUUUUUGUAGACAGUGGUGGCUUAGUAAAUCCUUUUCAUGGUUUGAGUAUUGGGAAAGUUGUGAGCUGAGUGAAGCACAAACACACUCAGGGUGAGUCUUGCUGCCUGGCGGUCCUUAAAGCCCCCCCCCCCGCCGUGUUGAGUGUCACUCUGCCAGCCAGAGCAGGAGCAGAAGGUGGUCAGGGUGAAGGAGUUAGGAGUGGGAAGGGUGAGUUGGAUUUACAAGUCACGCCUGGAUUUAACUGGCCUUUUAUCUUUCCACUGUGUCAUGUAAGUAGCUGCUUUCCUGUCCUGCCUUUCCCUCGGGCUUCCCCAGUUCAUGCUGAAGAUGAUUUAGCAAAACUUUCACCUUUUUAGAAGCUGAUCCUGACAUUGACAUGAAGGCAAAGGCUGAGUUUUGUCACGAGAAGGAUGUUAGAGGUUGCAAUCGGAGCAAAGAGUUCCCAGCCUGUAGGAGCUACCUGAAGCUAUUGACUCGAUUUCAACAAAUCCCAAUCAGUCAAGGAAUGUAUAUAAUACUGCUCUGUGUUUUACAGUAAGAUUUGUUGCUCUCAGACUGUGUAAAACAAAAUUUAUUCAUGUUUUCUGCAUAUUAAAAAAAUCUUAUUGUACCAAUUGGUAAAACUAUUAAAUGCAUAUAAAACCA